AUUCAAGUCAUCUUUAUAUGAAUCUAUUGGGCCAUGAUUAUUUGUGUAAUUAUAUUUUCUAAAAUGUAUUUAUGAAGAAUGAGAAAUUCUAGUGUUACUUAAAAUUUUUACAGCAGAAUACCACAAAAAUGGAAGAAGAUACAGAGAAUAAUGCAGCCUCAACCCACAUUAAUCAAGUUCCUAUGUUACAUGAGCCAUCUGAGAAUGGCCCUGCAGUAGACACAAGGAAUGUAACAGAUAUUUUUCCGAUACCUGAACAAACUUCUUCAGUAAUAAAAACUCCAACUCCGAGAAAAGGUUCGAUAGAGGGCCCUGUGGCAGAAACUCGAAAGUUAUCUAUAGCUGCGGCAGAUACUAGGAAAGUGACAGAUACUUUUCCAAAACCCGAACAAACUCCUUCAGCAGUAAAACCCCCAACUCCCAGAAAAGGUUCCAUGGAGCGCCCUGUGCCAGAACCCAGAAAGUUAUCUGCACCUGCCGCAGAUACUUUCCAAGUACCCGCCGCAGUGACAGAUACUUUUCCGGUACCCGAGCAAACUUCAGCGGUAAAAUCACCAACUCCGAGAAAAGCUUCCAUGGACCACUCUGUAACAGAAGGUAGAAAGUUAUCUACACCUGCCGCAGAUACUUUCCUAGUACCCGCCGCAGUGACAGAUACUUUUCCGGUGCCCGAGCAAACUUCUCUAGCAGCAAAAACGCCAACUCCCAGAAAAGGGUCGACUGAGGGCUCUGUUGCAGAAACUAGAAAGUUAUCUACAGCUGCGGCAGAUACUUUCGUAGUACCCGCCACAGAGACAGAUACUUUUCCGAUACCCGAGCGAACUUCUUCAGCACUAAAAACCCCAACUUCCAGAAAAGGUUCAUUGGAGGACCCUGUGGCAGAAACUAGAAAGUUAUCUGCAGCUGCGGCAGAUACUUUCAUAGUACCCGCCGCAGUGACAGAUACUUUUCCGAUACCCGAGCGAACUUCUUCAAUACUAAAACCCCCAACUCCCAGAAAAGGGUCGAUGGAGGGCUCUGUGGCAGAAAGUAGAAAGUUAUCUACAGCUGCGGCAGAUACUUUCCUAGUACCUGCCGCAGUGACAGAUACUUUUCCGAUACCCGAGCGAACUUCUCCAGCAGUAAAAACCCCGUCUCCUAGAAAAGUCUCGAAAGCUUCUAGUGUUGCAGAGAACCUGUCCGAUGCUGUUUCGAAGCUCGUCCCUCAAGGUCAAGAGCUUAGUAAUCAUGUUGAAGAACUAACUGAAACUGUUAAAAAACUUACAAAUUCCAUGGAUGACCCACAAACGCCUGGUGUAGGAAGCAACAUUGACAAAAUAGCUCAUAUGAGUCAGGUCCUCACAAACGAGGCAAAUGCUCUCAGAGCGUCGAUCAGAGGUUUAUCUGAGGACAUUGAGCGCACCAAAAUAGAACUAAUUACUUCUAAGGGUGAAGAUGUCAACUUUCCUUAUCAUCUAUUUUUGGUUGAAAUGAUUGUGAACAAAAUCCAUAUGAAAUGUGAUUGUUUUAAUCUCGAUAGCCACAAUCUGGUGAUUUCGGCAACCUUUUUAGGUAAACCUCCUAUUGUGUUGUAUGAUUCUUCUUACGGGAAAAUCGAUAGCUUCAGCAAAUUGAAUGUCGGGAAAUCUACCUUAUUCGCAAUGACUUACGAUAAAAUAUGCGGUAUUGAUCGAUUUGAAAUUCACUUGCAAUUGACGAAGGAGCCUCCUUGCACGAACUGCGUUACUAAGAUAGCAGAGACACGAAUGGAUUAUACGCAAGAAUUUAUCACUCUGAGAGAGGAAUUGUGUAAAAAGUGGACCGAAGAAAAGCCAAAUGAUAAUAUAAUUUGUACUACGUCGACACCACUCUCCAAGAGUAUGUUUUAUCUAUCUUGUGGGGAUAACAGCCCUGAAUCUAUAGGAGUAAUUGAAGUCUCAGUUCGUAUGUCGUUUUUGGGCAAAGAGAUAACUACGGCCUUUUCGGCGACGCCAAAACCGAGAGGAACUAACAUGUUUACAAAAGAAGAUAACGGAAUGAUGAUGUACUCGUGCCAAAAGGUGGAAAUGGACGAUUCGGGCAAAAUAUUACUAGAUGAAGAUGUAUUAUCGAAGAAAGAGUUAGCAUGUAAUAGUUUGCCUUAUGACCCUUACGAGUGUCCAUCGGCAUGCCCUUCGAAUAAGGUUUUGGCCAAGCGAUAUGACCCGCCGUCGCACAGUAGAGUACGGGGCUACUCCUCCCAACAUGGUCAUCAAGGUGUACCGAAAUACGACGAAAUCUUCACGAAAAUGAACAAAAAUGAAUUGAAGAUCAGAGUGCCGAAGAGUACGAGGGUCGAACGAAUGGGAAAGUAUGAUAGCGUACAGGAGAUGUGCAUUUGUGAGGAUAACCCGCACAAUACAGGAGAACAAAUACAAUUCGAACUACCUCGAGAUCUUUGUCGCCAAGACAAAACGCACAAUACUUAUUCUCAAAAUCUGAAAUAUACGUAUACGGGAUGCGACAAGUCCUGCGAAAGCAAAGAUCGCAAAAUAGUAAAUGUAACUCCAUCGAACUGCCCCAUACCUGCAGUGAAUAUGGAGAAAAUGGUCCAUCCGAACAAAGAUGUUUUUAUUCUAAAAAUAGGCAAAAAAUUGGAAACAAAGGACAAAAAGACAGAUCUUGAAAUAGAACUUAUGACUCCGAAAAUAACUUCGGAUAAGGGCGCGGAUGUUGGGGCGCAGUACAGUAGUUCCACUAUAAAGUCUUCGAAGAAAGGCAAAAAGAAGAAGGGCAAGGGGAAAGGCAAAGGUAAAAAGGCUGGUUUAGGCGAAUUUCGCAUUCGAGACCUGAACGAUGAGAUCAACAAAUUGAUGCGAGAGAAACGUCAUUGGGAGGUACAGAUCAAGUCCCUUGGGGGUCCAGACCAUGCCCGAGUCGGGCCGAAAAUGCUUGACCAGGACGGAAAGGAGGUACCUGGGAAUCGUGGAUAUAAAUACUUUGGCGCUGCUAAGGAUUUACCAGGUGUCCGCGAGCUAUUCGAGCAGGAACCGCCGCCGCCGCCUAGACGCACUCGCGCUGAUCUCAUGCGGGAUGUCGACGCCGAUUACUACGGGUACAGAGACGAUGACGAUGGCUUGCUCAUUCCACUAGAAAAAGAGGCUGAGAAGGAAGCAAUCGCACGAGCAGUAGAUAAAUGGAAGACAAAUAAAGAGCAGAACAAGGAUCAAGAGUUACCUGAAGAGGAAAAUAUCUAUCCAGAAGAUCCGGAGGACAAAAGAAUCGACGAAGAAGAAGGUAGUGAACCCCGCACCGUGACAUCUCACGUGGCAGUCCCAUCGCAAAAGGAUAUCGAAGAAGCUUUGCUCAGAAGAAAAAAGCAGGAGUUAUUGGAACGAUAUGGCUGUCUCGAUGUCAAAUUUGAACAAAGUUGACUGAUAUAGUAUUUAGUUAUUUAUAAGGUUAUAUGAAUAAGUUUAAAGUGAAUAUUUAUGUUUUUUAUUUCUGCAAGAUAAGCCUUGUCGCCAGAUAAUAUUAUUAAUGUAGAAAAUAA